AUGGAAGAAGAUGAUCAAAGAGAACUGCGGCUGCUACUCUCCUCCUCCACCCGAACUCCCUCUCAUGCACCAAAGUCCUCGGCUGGAACUGACACAUCUGACCAUCCGCUACUUGAUCUUAAUCUGUCAAUGAGUAUCAGCACACUGCAGCCAUCAGCGACUGAGGAAUCCCACGGCUAUGCGAGGAGUCUGCAACUAUUGAAGCAACAAACUGCAGAGCAGAUCCGACUUGCAGCUGUAGAGAAUGCUUAUGCUGAACAGAUAAGAGAGCUGACAAGGAGGGAGCUAGAGUUGGCUGAGCAAGAGUUUGCCCGUGCUCAGCUGGUCUGGGAGCGAGCCAGAGAAGAGGUGAAGAAGGCCGAGAAGAUGAAGGAGAUAGCCACCAGGAGGAUCAACUCUGCAUGUUUGGAGAUCACUUGCUACAGUUGCCACCAACGGUUCCGGCCGUAG